AUGGUAAACCAUAAGGCUCUGCCACGUGAAGCCCUUACCGACUUAGCCAUAACGUUCAACGUCGACAGAAGCAUUGUACGUCGCCUGUGGAACCGUGCGUCCGUCGACCUCACCAACCACUACCGUGUUGGUGUUGAUUCUGACACCAACAAUGAUGGUUUUAACCUGCUGUAUGCGACUGACAUGGACGAAAAAGUGGAAGAGUUGGCACUGGAAAUUUCUAAGGCCAUGGAAGUGUACGAGUUUAGCUCUCAGAUGAAAAAGUUGGCUGACGAUGAGGAAUUGGACGACGACAUCGAUGCCGACUUGGCCAACAUUUUAUCCCUCUAA